GAUCCGGCCGCGUACGGGACCUCCCUGCGAGCCUCGGUCUCCGCUCCGUGUCAGGGCAGGCACAGGGCUCUCAAGCGCGGGCCCUGCAGCCGCACUGCUUUCCUGCCAAGCAUGGGGCUGCCUCGAAGGGCAGGGGACCCGGCGGAGCUGCGAAAGAACCUGAAGCCCCUGCUGGAGAAGCGCCGCCGCGCGCGCAUCAACGCGAGCCUGAGCCAGCUCAAGGGGCUCAUCCUGCCGCUCCUGGGCAGGGAGAGCUCUCACUACUCGAAGCUGGAGAAGGCGGACAUCCUGGAAAUGACCGUGCGCUUCCUGCAGGAGCUGCCUGCGUCCUCCUGCCCGACGGCAGCGCCCAAGUCCUCCGACAGCUACCGCGAAGGCUACCGAGCUUGUCUGGCACGCCUGGCCCGCGUGCUACCUGCUUGCCGUGUCCUGGAGCCUGCCCUGAGCGCCCGCCUGUUGGAGCACCUGCGCCGGAGGGCGGCCUGCGCCACCCCCGACAGCGGAGGCGCUGGGGACCCCAGUGGCCCGCCCGCACCCUCCCCGCCACCUGCGCCUGCACCCUCACCGCCGGCACCGCCCCGUGGCCCUAGCCUCUGGCGGCCCUGGUAGCCCCCUGGCCGGUCCACGGACCCUGCUGACUACCAGGGACCAAGAGCACUAGACAGACUGAGAAAGUUCUUGGCGGUGGCUGGGUUUUCCACCAGGAGGGACCAGCCUGGUACCAGGUCAGAACUGGAUAUUUGUGUGGCCGACUGAAGUCCACGGAGGCUCAGGAAAUAAGGGGACAGGCCCAGCCUCAGCCCCCACUUAGGGUGUCGGGGCUGGUUGGUGAAGGGGCAGGUGGUUGCAGGGGUGGGGGUAAGACGCCUCCCACCCCAGGUGGUGGAAGGGCUCUAGAACUGGGCCAGCCACAGCUUCCCCGGGCAGCCCACACACCUGCCCUGGAGCUGGCACCAGCCCAAAGGCUGGGCCAGGAGCUCACCUGAGCCAGGUGCAGCCAUAUGCUCUGACUGGUCCCUGCUUUCCUGACCUUGCUUGGGCCUCCCUCCUCACCAGCUCAGCUUGAGAACUGCUGGACACACAGCAGCGAUGGCCUGAGGGGCCCUGCAGGCUGGGGAGCCAUGACCUUCACUCGAGGGCUCUCCCACCUGAAGCUUCCGAUUCCAGGACUGAUGCCACCAGGAUUGUGUGUCCCUGGGGGUGGGGACCUCCUCAGGCAGUUGCAGGAAGGAUUUAAUUCCCCAAGCAAUAGGGUCACACCUGAGUAUGGCUCACCUGGCCAGAGGUCUUGGGAGUGUGAAGGAGGGGUGGCCCAAGAAUAAGGGUGCCCAGCGGCCUCAAGGAAGCUUGUCACCUUGAAGAGGCCGGGUCCGGCCCAGAACCGUGGCCGUGUGAGGUGAGUGGGGCCCAGGUCCUGGAGCAGCAGAAAGUCAAGGCAUAUGCAGCAGGUAAAGGAACAGGAGCCCCUUUCCUCAUUUUCUCUUUCAAACUGCUCCUUGCUACUGUCAAGACAGCUU